AUGCGAUUUGGUGCUCAAGCUGAAGGCAGUAUAACGCAUACAGAAAUAGUUCAACUCGGUUUUAUGCGAAGUCUCGCACAAUAUUUUCUUGAUACUCAAAAUGGAAGUAAAAUUAAACCGGAUGAUCUUAGACAAGAAAAUACGUUGGAUGAACUGUUCCGAAUAGUUCAUCUUAAUUGGAAGAGUGAGCAAGUAAAAUUAAAUACUUUUCCAUUGAAACUUGCUAUUGACACGAUCCAAGUGCAAAAUGCUCUAGUUGAUCUUGAAGCAGCAACAAAAGAUUUGCCCACAGCCCAUUUCGAUGCGGAAGCAUUUGUAGCGAGCAAUCGUCGAUUAUUGNCAACUUAUGAUAUUAGUGAUUUGGUCAACAAACAACCUAAAGCAUCUAAAGGUUUGCGAUCGGCAUUAAUCGGCAAUGAUAAAAUGACCAAGAAAAAGAGACUUGGUCAACGUCGAUUUCGUUGGAUAUUAUAA